ACUUGUUGUUUUUCCACAUUCACGGGGGUCCUGUGCCCCUAACCCCAGCAAAUGUGGAGGGACAACUGUACUAUAGUUUGUUCUAUACUCUGCAUAUACUCUGUCUUUCUGCAGCUCUCCAAAGAGCCUGAAUUCUACAGUGGGCACUUGGUAUCCAUUGGGGUUUGGUUCCAGGAUCCCUCCUGAAUACAAAAAAACAUGGAUGUUCAUUUCCCACUAAAUACAGUGGUAUAGUAAAAUGGUGCCUCUUACAUAAAAUGGCAAAGUCAAAGAUUUCUUAUUAGAAUUUAUAUUUUUAAUAAAUAUUUUGAAGCUGUGGGUGCUUGAAUCUGAGGAUGAAACCCCCGUGGAUAUGGCUGUACACGUUUUGGUAUAGUCCAUAUUUGGUGUUGCUUAUUUCAGAGGUGAUCUUAACAAGUGAUCUGACUCAUGUAUGCCACUAAAAGAUAUAGUAUAUUUCUCCAAAGGCACAUAACUUACAGAAACCUGAUAACUGUUCUUUCACUUAAAUGGCAAAUGUUUAAAUCCUUGUUAUUUUAAUUCUGAUCACAUGCUGACUGUUUUAAUUCUUGAUUUAUUUUUUUGCUUAUUUGAGGUUCUUUUUUCUACCAUAUUAUUAUCAUGUUGGCUUGGUGUUGCUUUUGAAUAGUCGGCCCUUCAUAUCCAUGGACCCUUUAUUCAUUAUUUCAACUAUCAAUGUUUUUAAAAUAUUCCAAAAAUAUAUCAAUUUCAACAAAAAAAUUGAUUUUGCUAUUUUAUAUAAGGGAUACCAUUUCACUGUGCCACUGCAUGUAACAAGACUUGAGCAUUUAUGGAUUUUGAUAUCCACGGGGGAUCAGGGAACCAAACACCAGUUACACUAAGGGGCCAGUGUACCAGUAUUGUCAUUGCCUUAUUUUCCAAUGUAUUUCUAUGUGGUUUUUUUGUUGUUGUUGUACUGUAUUUUAUUAUGCUCUUGUUCUAUUUUAAAUUAUAUUAUACUUAGAGAAUUUGUUUUAUAUGGGCCUCAUAGGUAUAAAAGCAUUUAGAACAAGAGCUGUAGCUCUUACACAUGUUCUCUCUCUCUCUCUCUCUCCAGUUAAGAUAAAGGUGCAUCAAAAGAUGCAUGAAGAACAGGAGCUGUGAUUGAUUGUAACAGGGUUUGUUGAUGUUGUCAAACACAUUUUCUGCUGUCAAAAAGAACAGCUUGAUAGACACUACAGUGAUACUGUUUCCACAAAUGCUAAAUGAUGCAAGCAGUAAUUUGAGUAAGAGUCUUGUAACACCCAUGCACAUGAAUAUAUGCACGCACCCCUCUGUGCAGGUAACCAAUGGAUCAAGUGUCAGUGCAGUGUAAAUAGCAGAUAUUAUCAGAGAGGAGCAUGUCUCUCAGAAUAGGCAUUUCAUGGGUGAUACUGAUGAGACACAAAGAUACUUUUUUUUAUUAAAGACCCACAAAUACUAAUUUAUGUUGCAGUGACAAUCGGAAAAGGCAAACAAACAUUUCCAAAGGAAUGUCCUCACAGAGAAUGGCUUGCGCAGAAGAAUUCAGUUAAGUCCUGUGACUCAAAUCAAAGCCUGAGAUUCUGUGAAGUAGCUGCAUUUUGUCUAGAUGCUUAACCACAGCUAUUCCAGAUAGAAGAAGUGCAUGCAGAGAAGUACCAUUAGAAGAACAAGAGACACACACUAUUCUGUAUUUUGUGGAAAUUGUUGGGAAAAAAUUAUUCAAAGUGCGUCUUUUAUUUGGUUAUUUCAUUAAACACUUCACAAACAAAACUUCAGACUGAAACUGAUGAAUGGAGGUGUGAAGUUCAUCAUCAACAGUGUGUUUAUUACUUAGCAUACUGUAUUACUUAGCAUAUUUACUCAAUAAGCUUUAUUUCAUCUGCCCUUGUAAUGAUCCCGUGAACCAGACCACUAUUAUUCCCAAUGGAAGUGAGCACUGUACUGCAAGAAUUACCACCAAAAUAUUUUUUGUACUGCUCUAACCUCAGAUUUAGUAUGGUCUUGGCUAGACCAAAUGUAAACCAAAUAUAAAUAGACAAGACAGAAAAUCUGUGGAAGAAAAUUCCUUUGAAUCCUACAAGCACUCUAUGGUAUUAAAGGCAUAUUUAUUUUCAGUAUUCUCAGUGUCGGUCUUUAUAAGAUCCACUGAUUUAAAGCGAUGAGGUUGCCAGAGCUAUGAACCCUGCAAUAAUGAUGAUGGUAUUUGCCUACACACACUAUCUCUUUUUGGUUGGCUUCUUAAGCUACUGUGUGGACAGCUUUGCAAAAGGUCAAAAGAAUAACACACUGAUUUUCACUAAGGAAAAUGCAAUUCGCAAUUGCACUUGUCCAGAUGCUAUCAGUGAAAAUGACUGUGAUUACAGUCUGGCAAAUCUGAUUUGCAACUGUAAAACUGUUUUGCCUUACAUGAUUGACAAAACCUACUACAGUCAUCUGACGAUUUGGUUCACAGAACUAUCCAUGCUGGGAAUGGUGUUAAACUUUACAGCUGUGUAUGACCUGAAGCUCUCACUCUGUGGCACUAUUCCUCUCUCAACAAAAUAUCUGACUAUUUGGGGAUUACAAAGACUACAAAUAAGAAGUGAUAUCAAUGGUCAGUUACAAGAGCAAAGUUUAACAAUCUGCAGUAGUCGUGACUAUGGAACAGAAGAGAGGUUAAAGGUGUCAUGCAGAGACAGGAACCUGAACACUCACAUUGCUAUUUUGGACACAUCUCUUUUUAAUGGCUAUGCCCCAUUGAAAUCCUACAGUGUGGAAAAUAUUUCAAACAUCACAGAGCAAUUUCCACAUCUGCCACAUUUGGAUACAUAUCUCACUAGAAAUAACAGCUGUAUUAUAACAUUCAUUUACUGAAACAAUAGCCUUGGCCAUUUCUGCAGUGCAGUUGUAGGCCAUCACGAGAUGCUAUUCUUUCUUUUAGGAAGCCGGAUUAACUUUAGUUCCAGAGUUAUUAUUUCAGUAAACUAGACAGGCUCAUCACUUUUCAACCACACACUUCAAAUGGUCUACAUUUCUAUCAGAAUUUGCCUGCUACUAAGACCAUUGUGUUCAAUAUAUGAACAUCUCUCACAAUGCUAGCUCAGAACAUGGGCACAGUGAUGGGCCCUUCUUGUACAGUACACUUUUUAAAAGGAACACAUUUCUAAACAUGGUGAUACAAACUAGUUUUAAUAUGCGCUCAAACUAAUCUAAUUCUUUGGCUUGUGGGUAAAAUAUCUGUACUGGCCAUUAAUGUCAAGUAAAUUAUGCUAGAAUUGCUCCAUUGAAAACUUCAGAUAUUAUAUAUAUAUAUAUAUAUAUAUAGAGAGAGAGAGAGAGAGUCCCUUAAUGUGACAUGAGUUUUUGCCCAGAAUUUACUUUUUUAUUUCAUACAUACAUACAUACAUACACACACACACUCACACAGCUGUAUCUCCAUUUUCGCGGGGGAUCCGUUCCGGAUCCCACCCCCCCACAAAAAAUGGAAAUUAGCAUAUUACCAUAUAUUCAAAGCUAUUAUAAAGGGUACAUGCACCAUUUUAAUCCCUCCCCACCUUCCCAUUGUGAAAAGUGAUACUGCGGACUCCAAGUCCGCAAAUUAGAAGGGAUGACUGCAUAUAUUAGUAAGAUGUUAUAUAUUAAAUAAAAAAGUAAAUACAGGGGAAAACUCAUGUCGCAUUAAGGGAUUUUUCCCUCCAGACAAAACAUGUCAGUUUUAGAAAUGACAUAAAUGAAAAUCAAGAUGAGUUUCACAUGGAGCAGUCAUUACAGCAUUGUUGCAAUUUGACAUUUAUCUCUUCUUGUAAAACCAUGUCUCUUAACACAUGACUACCAGAUAAUAAUUGCCCUUGGUAACUGCUCUUUGAGACAUGACUAGUAUUUAGGAUUUGGGAUAUGAAGCUCAGUACACAGUGUGAACAAGCAUGUAUCCAUAUCUAUGUAUGGUUUUAUAACCUACUGUAUAUAAACUUUGCACUCAACAGAGUUACUUUUUUGUGGUUUUUAAUAAGUGGUUUUUCUUUAUUUUCAUGGCUGAUUUACAAUGAGUGAAAGAGAGUUGUAAAGUGGUUUGUAAUUGUUAAAUUAAUUCUAGCACUACUACUCUGU